CGCUUUAUUCUUUUCAGCUGAUCCACUGUCAGAAAGCCUUUCUACACUUCCAGAAACCCUAACAAUGGCGAUUAACGAUAAUCUCACACUUUCCGCUACAAAUCUUCCUCACUAAAUCCGUCAAUUUCAUUGUUACUGAUUCAAUUCGAGCUUUUUCCGAUUCAAAAAAUGGUGAAAAGUUGUCCGAAAAACAGUCAAGUUGAAGGAAACGAGAAUCAGUUCGAGAAGAUUCCGUCAAUUUCAGCCGAUAUACCGAUAUUGAGGACGCCGUUGGAUACGAUUCCAGAUCCGUCUCAGUUUUCGAAGGAAUUUAUUCAUGAGGUUUUGAAUCAGAGUGGAAUUAAGGAUAAGUUGUUAGAUGCUGGUGUUGGUGCUGGUUCGAGUCGUAGGAAAUUUGAUUCGGCGAAUAGUACGCCGGCUAGGAGUGUUUCGAGGACAAAUGUUGGUCAAUUGGGGGCUUGUACUGGGCCUAGGGUUGUUCAGAGUACUGGAGAAAGGGGAGGGGGUGUUUCUAGGGUUUCGAGAAGGAUUUCGAGUGGAAACGGUGAGCUGGUAGCUGCUGAGGUUCCGCAUUUUGAGCUUGUUGAGGAUCCUUCCUUUUGGGAUGACCACAAUGUUCAGGUCUUAAUACGGAUGAGACCGUUAAGCAAUAUGGAGAAGAUGGCACAAGGGUACAGUCGGUGCUUGAAGCAGGAGAGUUUACAAAGCUUAGUGUGGCUUGGCCACCCUGAAGUCAAAUUCACGUUUGACCACAUUGUCAGUGAGACGAUAUCACAGGAAAGGCUCUUCAGUGUUGCUGGUUUGCCCAUGAUUGAUAAUUGCAUGUCUGGUUAUAAUAGUUGCAUGUUUGCUUAUGGUCAGACUGGUAGUGGCAAAACAUAUACAAUGAUGGGUGAGAUAAGUCAACGGGAUGGCAAGUUUGUCGAUGACUGUGGGAUGACUCCACGUCUUUUUGAAUAUUUAUUUACAAGGAUUAAAUCGGAGGAGGAGAGCAGAAGAGACGAAAGACUUAAAUAUAGUUGCAAAUGUUCCUUUUUGGAGAUAUACAAUGAGCAGAUCACAGAUCUUCUAGAACCUUCAUCCACUAAUCUCCAACUUAGAGAAGGUUUAAAGGAAGGAGUGUACGUUGAAAAUCUUACGGAGUAUAAUGUGGAAACUGUUGACGAAGUCAUCAAGCUUUUGUUGCAGGGUGCUGCAAAUAGGAAAGUUGCAGGAACAGAUAUGAACAGUGAAAGCAGCCGAUCACAUAGUGUUUUCACAUGCAUCGUUGAAAGUCGUUGGGAAAAAGAUUCUGUGACACACCUUAGGUUUGGAAGGUUAAAUUUGGUUGACCUGGCUGGUUCUGAAAGGCAGAGAAGUUCUGGAGCUGGAGAGCGGGUGAAGGAGGCAUCCUAUAUAAACAAAUCACUAUCAACUCUUGGGCUGGUAAUAAUGUCUCUAGUGGAUGUUACACAUGGGAAACAUAGGCAUGUGCCUUACAGGGACUCAAGACUUACAUUUCUUCUUCAGGAUUCUCUUGGUGGUAAUUCAAAAACGACAAUUAUAGCAAAUGUCAGCCCUUCAAUGUGCGCUGCAAAUGAGACGUUAAGUACUUUAAAGUUUGCUCAGCGUGCCAAGCUUAUUCAGAACAAUGCAAAAGUAAAUGAAGAUGCAUCCGGUGACGUGACAGCACUGCAGCGACAAAUUCAAAUGUUAAAGGAACAAAUGUUCUUCUUGAUGAAACAGCAAAAAAUCUCAAAACCAGUGUUUCAAGGUGAAUUAUGUGAAAGUGAGGACUCUUCAGGCAAAUAUAUCUAUGAUGAAAUUAAUGUCAUAAAUGAUCAGAAUGGGAAGGCCGAGACGGUGUUGAGUAGCAUUGAUUUAGGAGAUGAGAUGAGUGCCUGUAAUCAAGUGGAAGAUAAAGUUCUACUUGACAACGGUGGUCUUGAAAGGACCAACUUGUUGCAUACCAAUCUUCUAGAAGAACUAAUGGAUGCUAGAACCUUGAUAGAUACCAUGAAAUCUCAGCAGGCUGGAUUGAUUGAAGAGCUACGAUACGUGCGCCAAGAGAAUGACAGGCUGGUGGAAACCUUAACCAACAACAACAAACCACAUAUGCAUCCGAUACUUGAUCAUGAAUCCCAUAUUUCAGAAAACCAAACCACAGACCAAAGCAUGAUGGGUUUACAAUCCCGGUUGGAUAAGAUGAAUAAAGAACUCGAAGAUUUGAAAUCACUUAAUGAUCCUUUGAAAGAUUUAAAAGACCAAGUUAAUUUAGUUCAUGAGGAAGCUGAGAACGAAGCAACGAAUGCAAUUCUUAAUUUACAGGAAGAAUUGGCUUCUUUACAAGUAAAAUAUCACAGACGAUUAUGUACCAUGUCUGAAGAAAAUAAGAAGCUAAAAAGAAUGUUAGCAGCCAAAGAGGACGAGGUGUACGCGUUGCACAGCGACUGGGAGAAAGCAAGUUUAGAGCUUACAAGCUUUCUGUUGGAUGGUUCUAAAUCUCUUAAAGAUGCUUCUGGACAAAUAGAAAAUGUUGCUUCUUCAUUUGCUCAUAAUGUUUGUGUUGGCGAACAUGUUAAGAAGGCUGCAAUGGUUAUUAUCGAGAAGGAAGAAACAAUACUACGAUUAGAAAAGAACCUGGUGGAUGCUCAAUGUACCAUACAACAAAUGCAGGAGAAACUGAAUUCGUUGCGGACUGCAACAAUGGCUUUGACUGAAAUACAGUAUAAUACAGAACAUGAUGAAAAGUCCAAAGAUGAGUAUCAGAUAAUAGCUGAACUUAUUGCAAUAAGAAACAAACUUGAAAACAUGAUGGUUUAUUUAAGUACUAUACAUGACCGAUCCAUAUUUGAAGACUUGGAUGGAUCUACAACUGACGUUUCUACUUCCAGCUCGAUUCUUUCUGAUGAUGAAGAUGUGCUGGAAAACAUGUUAGUCGAAGAAACUUCAAGUAGCCAUGAGCCAGAAAACGCACUAUUAUUGUUGAAGAAGCAAUUGGUUAUGGCUCGUGAAGCUUUCAUCAAAUUAGAUGUUCAGCUGGCUGCGGCAUUCAAGGACAAAGAUGUGGCAGCCUGCUUUACUGCAAAGAAGUUUGGUGAAGAACAAGAUUGUAAAGCUAGUAGCUUCUUCAGCAAGUGUGAGGAAGCCCAUGCAACCAUGAAUGAGGCUGAUAAUGUUUUGAACGCACUAUUGAAAGUCAACGCGGAAGCACAAUUGUCAAGUGUUAGAUGGAAACAAACUGCAGAGGACGUUAUGGUGGAGAAGGCAAGUUUAGUUGAAGAAAUAAGUCAACUCAGAGUUGACUUACAAUUGAGAGACGAAGAGCAUGCAAUCCUGAAAGUAGAACUUGAAAAUAUGGUGUCUAUGCUUGAAGAUUCUUUCCAGCAUCUACAAAAAGAGGCUGAUGAUUUGUGCCAGUGGAUAUAUUCUGAUUCAUUGGCAAUGGUCCAUGGGGCCCAUCACAUAAUUUGCAAAUCAAGAUCUUCGUUGCAAGAUCUCUGUGCUGAAAUAAUGGAAAAGAGUUUCGCAUCUCUUGUGGUACAACAAUGUCGUAUUGGUGAAUAUAUCAACAAAUUUGGACUUCAUGAUGAAAAAGAGGAGAAUUACAGUGCAUCGCUGUCAAGAAAAGAAACAGGAGAUGAACUUAUUGGUGAAAACGUGAAACUACAGAAAGAACUGGAAAGAAAAACGACUUUGUUGAAUGGUUUACUUUUUGAUUUUAGCCUGUUACAGGAAUCAGCAUCUACAAGAAAAGACAUCAAAGAUGAAGCCGAAAAGUUAUUCACAGCUCUAAGCCAAGUACAGCAUGAGCUAAAGAUGAAAACCGAUCAGUUUGAUGAUAUGAUUGUCGGAUACGAAAAUCUUGAAAGACGCUUAACUGACACUGAAGCUGCUCUUUCAGCGUCAAAAUCUUGUUUACAGCAUUCUGAAGAAACUGUGGAUGCACUGUCAUACCAAAAUGCUGAGUUGAGAAGUCUUUUAGAGGACCUAUACCUUAAAACAUCAGAAACUGAAAAGCAACUCGAAGAACACAAGGAAAUGGUCAAAACGUUGGAAAAUGAAAUCCAUUGUGCGACUUCUUCAACACAAGAACAUUUUCUCUUUUCUCUAGAGGGCAUUACGGAUGAUUUGAAGAGGGUUUCUGUUGAAAGAGACCAGCUUUGUGAACAAGUUAAUUCCUUACAAGAUAAGCUUGAGAUGGCCUAUGCCAUAGCUGAUGAAAAAGAAGCUAUUGCUGUUGAAGCACGCCAGGAGUCACAGGCAAGCAAAAUAUACGCUGAACAAAAGGAAGAAGAGGUUAAGAUUCUAGAACGUUCUGUUGAAGAACUUGACUCUACCAUAAACAUGUUGGAGAAAAGGGUGAACGAAAUGGAAGAGGAGCUGGAAAGACAUCACAGGAUAAGGGAUUCACUGGAAGUGGAACUUCAAUCGUUGAGUCAAAGGCUUUUGACUUUUGAAAGUUUUAGAAAUGGAAAUGAUUCUAACAGCGGUAUUAUUGGUCAACCUGAGGACCAAAUUUCAAGGAAGCUGCAUAGCAGAUACCUGGAACUUCAGGAGGCACACGCACGGAUAAAAGAUCUUGAAGAUGAAAGAACAGAACAGGCUAAUGAGAUCAAGCAAUGUAAAGAAUACAUUUCUGAACUUGUAAUUCAUGCAGAAGCUCAAGCUUCUCAGUAUCAACAAAAGUACAAGUCUUUGGAAGCAAUGGUACGUGUGAUGCAGAUGGAUUCAUCAAAGUCUGUAUCUGAAGCACCUUUAACAGACAAGACAGAAAAAAGCUCUGUCAGACCAAGGGGUUCCAGCUCACCAUUCAGAUGCAUUGGCAAUUUAGUUCAGCAGAUGAAUACAGAGAAGGAUCAAGAACUAUCAUUGGCCAAACUUCAUGUAGAAGAGCUAGAAGCAUUAGCAUCAAACAGGCAGAAAGAGAUAUGCAUGCUAAACACUAAACUGGCAACAGCAGAGAGUAUGACACAUGAUGUAAUCAGGGAUCUACUUGGUGUGAAAUUAGACAUGACAAAUUAUGCAAACUUGAUAAAUCAGAACCACCUUCAAAGAUUUAUUGAGGAUGCUGCUCAGCAAACACAGGAGUUCAUUGCAAUGGAGCAAGAGAUUCGCAAACUGAAGCGACAAAUCAAUGAUUUGCUUGAAGAGAGAGACAGAUGCAUAUCGGAAUUACAUUCGAAAGAAGCCGAUAUACUUGCUAGUAAGAUGACGUUGAUGCAGUUACAAGGACGAGACCAGUUGCUGACAGCACAAAAUGAAAUGCUGAAGGCUGACAAAACAAAUUUACAGCGAAGGGCCGCAGAAUUAGAUGACAUGAUCAAGAAGCUUCUUGGAACACACGCAGCUGAGUCAUCAAGCCAGCAGCAUGAGAAUCACAUGGCGAAGGCAUGCAGCAGCAGUGAGUUUGGUAAGAGGCUGGCCAACUCAGAGAGGUCGCUUUUACGUGUUCAUAACGAACUUGCUCAAUAUCGUAAACCUGAUAGCUCUCGGUUGCACCAUAAAAUGGAUGAAAAGAGGGCUAGAUGAAUGGUAAGUAAGGUGACUUUGUUCGUAUCCUCUUACCACUAAUAAUAUGGUUGGUUUGAUUAGUGUUUUGCGGGUUGUUAAAGCCUGGUUAUGAGAGUCCGUAUCUGUUUUUUUCGGCCGAUAAUUUUGGAUUAAGUUGUAUAUUUGCUGCAGCUACUGCUACUGCAGUGAAUUAAGAAUGUAUAUGAUUGGUUUGUAUAGUGUUGUGGAAUGAAAGUUGGGUAUUGUUACUAGAUC